AUGGCCAACCUAGCUGGAGUGGCUGCCGUCUUUGCCGUCAUCUUCCGCCCAUCUCUGGUGGUUCCGCACGUCCAGGUCCCCGACAUUCGACACCUCGACUGGGAGGCGCUCCACGCAAACGGUGUACGAUUUCUCGUGUUCGACAAGGACAACUGCCUCACAGCACCGCAUUCCGACGUGCUCGAGCCGUCGAUCACAGAAGCUUGGCAACGAUGUCAGCACGUAUUUGGGCGCGAGAACAUUCUCAUUGUCAGCAACUCGAGCGGCUCCUCAAGCGAUCCUUCCGGGCUCGGAGCCGAGUCGCUGAGUCGAGCGUUGAACGUCCCCGUCCUGUGUCAUAAGGACAAGAAGCCAGCGAAGGGGUGUGCAAGGGAAGCGCUGCAAUACUUCGUGGCGUUGUCUUACGAUCGCGAGACGACCUUGGCUCAGGCACAACACAUGCCGCCCGGAUCCGCGUCGAUCGAAGCCGGGCCCAGCGGAGAGGCCAAAAGGUACUUGAAGGAGAGGCGAAGGGUGCUCAGUAGUCAGGUACCAGAAGACAAGGCAGGAAACGGGAGCAUUCUGUUGGUGGGAGACCGGACCAUGACAGACGUGGUAGUCGCUCAUCGCAUGAACGACGAACUGUAUCGCAGACGGAGGAGACUCGGACUCGACAAGCCGCACUCUACGUCCGACGCACCGAUAUCGGCAUCAGAAAAGAUCCCACCACCGCAGUGCAUCUCUGUGCUAACCACCGGAAUCUGGACGUACGAAGGACGAAUCAAUGCCAUCUUGCGCAAGCUGGAGAUCAAGGUGACUCGAUACCUCAUUCGCAAAGGCUUCCAACCAGGCGCACCUGGCUUAAUAUCCUUGCGCAAGGCUGCCUCUCAUCCACCGACAGACUGGCAGAAGAUCGCUGUAACAUCAUACACUCAGUCCGAGAAGGCAAUCGCAGCGCCGUCAGAAGACAACGUUGCACAGUUCGCAUACACCGGCGACCGUGUUCCGUCAGCAAUCCCCGGUCAGCCAACCCUCGGCGCCAUCCUCAUCGCGACCCUCGUCCGACCAUUACCACCCCGCAUCGCCUCCUUGUUCACUGGAAUCCUCAGCAGCAGACCGAUAAUGUGGAUCUCGACCAACCUGCGCGACGGCUGGAACGUCAUGAUCAAGGGACUCGAAUUCGGUGUCCGCGAAGCAGGCAUUCAAUCCCAAUCGCGGCGCAGUAGGAAGAUCCCGUACGACGCCGCAACACCGGCCGGUCUCACACUGACACGGUCCGGCGCGCAGCUGGACGAGAUGCUCCCGGAGAGCAAAUCAAAACUCAAGGAGGGAGAAGUAUCUGCAUCGCUUGCGUGCUAUAUCGAGUCCCGCGUAUCUGACACCCUUCCAGCGGUCAGCGGUGCUGCAACCCAGCUGCGUAACCGUCUCACCGGCACGGCGUCCUCCCUACCUACCUUUUCAGCGAGGACUUUCCUCAGCCCGUUCUCUCGCGUAUCACCAUCAAAACCUGCACCUCCGACAACGAGCUUCCCCCAACGCACGAUGCACACCUCAGCAAUCCUGCAUCAGCAACCUCCACCCGGUGCCAACGGUCCUCGCCCGCGCGUGCCAACACGCAACUGGAUCGCCGCCUUCGCCGCGCUCGCCAUUGUCCCUGCGAGCUACUACGCCGGCAUGCGCUUGCACGAUCUCAAAGACGCCAAGACGAUUGACCCUGCUCAGUCGCUGCCCCCCACGCCGGCGGCCCCGUCACCCGUACUGCACCAGCACCAAGGUCAGGACGCGGAGAUCAGGCAGUCGGAUGCCAACACAUCGAGGGCGCUGGUCAAGGCGCAUUCGCAGCGCAAGCGAGAACUCGAACUGACACUGUUCCAUCUGGUGCGCGAGCGCGAGGACGUGCUGGACAAGUUGGAGCGCGUGCAUCAACGACGUCUCGAAUCCUCUCCCUAA